GACCCAAUUUUCUUAUUUUCCACAUGUUUAAAUCCCACCCAAAUCUUCUUACAUGAUCUGCAAAAUCAUAAUUUCACAGGCCGGGAUCGAUUGAUGAUCUGAAGGCCCUGAAAUUAAAGAAUCAGCUGCUUAUCAUCGAACAUGAACAACUUCCCUGUUGUGCUGCUAACGAUUGUCAUUACAGUGCUGGGAAUCGCCAUUGAUGGAUACAACUGUAAGAUGGUGCAGUUCAUCUUCGGGGACUCCCUCUCGGACGUUGGAAACAACAAGUAUCUCAGCAAGAGCCUGGCCCAGGCAAGCCUGCCUUGGUAUGGCAUUGAUUUUGGCAAUGGUUUGCCUAAUGGAAGGUUCUCUAACGGACGUACGGUGGCUGAUAUCAUAGGUGACAGUAUGGGCCUCCCAAGGCCACCAGCCUUUCUGGAUCCAUCUCUAACCGAAGAUAUCAUAAUGGAAAAUGGAGUCAAUUACGCCUCUGGAGGUGGUGGGAUUCUGAAUGAAACUGGAAGCUACUUUAUUCAAAGGUUUUCUCUUUACAAGCAGAUUGAGCUUUUUCAAGGGACGAAAGAGCUGAUAAAAAGUAGAGUUGGCCCAGAGGAAGCAGAGAAGUUCUUCCAAGGAUCUAGAUAUGUGGUUGCUCUAGGUAGCAAUGAUUUCAUUAACAAUUACUUGAUGCCUGUUUAUAGCGAUUCAUGGACAUACAACGAUGAGAGUUUCAUCGACUACUUAAUGGAGACACUCGAAGCCCAACUUAAGCUAUUACACAGGUUAGGGGCAAGGCAGCUAAUGGUUUUUGGGCUGGGACCAAUGGGAUGCAUUCCACUGCAAAGGGUCCUCAGUACUUCUGGGGAUUGUCAGGAUAGAGCAAACAAACUUGCUCUCAGCUUCAACCAAGCAUCAACCAACCUAUUACAAGACUUAUCCACCAAACUUCCCAAUGCAAGUUUCAGAUUUGGAGAUGCUUAUGAUGUUGUCGAUGACGUGAUCAGAAAUCCGUACAAAUAUGGAUUCAACAACUCGGACGCACCAUGUUGCUCUUUUUACAAUAUUCGACCUGCACUGACAUGUAUUCCUGCAUCAUCAUUGUGUGGAGACAGAAGCAAGUACGUGUUUUGGGAUGAAUACCACCCAAGCGAUAAAGCUAAUGAAUUGAUUGCUAAUGAGCUGAUCAAGAAAUUUAGAUUCACGCGUGCUGACCAACCCAAUAAUGCUCCUUCCCCUGCGCCUGCUGCUAUCGCCCCAUCCCCAGAUCAGGAAGACUACUAACUAGUACUGAGUAGCUAGUACUGUUCAUUAAUUUUUAUGCGUGCAGCUAUAGAUCAUAAUUCCUCAUAUAUGUACUUAUGCGAAGAAUUUUAUUUGCAAUUUUCAUGCA